AAAGUGUCGUGAAUGUGUUGCCAGCACUGUCGUGAACGGCAGCGGAAGGUGAGGGUUCAGUUUCCGGCAAGAUGGCGGUGUCGUUGGUGUGUGAGGAGACGGGGAGCAGAGUGAGUUCAGUCCUUAACCGUGAUGUGAAGCAAUUUGGAAAGAAGUUCUUAUUUGAUCGUAAUGAGGAAACCUGCUGGAAUUCAGAUCAGGGCCCCUCCCAGUGGGUGCUGCUUGAGUUCCCUCAGAUUGUAAAGGUGACUGAAUUACAGCUGCAGUUCCAAGGUGGAUUCACAGGCAGGUCAUGCAGACUCGAAGGUGGAAGAAAGGGAUCUAAUUUGGUGAAAAUAGCUGACUUCUACCCCGAAGACACAAACUGCUUACAGAGAUUCUCCAUCCAUGAGGAAUCGAUUGCUGAUAAAUUAAAAAUCAUUUUUGAGGAAAGCACAGACUUCUUCGGAAGAAUUGUUAUCUAUCAUCUUGAUGUACUCGGUGAAAAAUUAUUGUAAUGUAUCUGAUUAUACUCACUGCCUGGAGAACCAGAAACCAGCUGGAACUGGGAAUUCCCAAACACCCUGUCAGUGCCUCAUGAUAUAUAAACUCUAACAAUGAUGCAUUCCCUGGUUUCAGCUAAUUCAGCCUGAAACUUGCCUUGGAUCAGUGAGAAGGAGCUGAAGAACUUUA